GUCCAUAUUAGGUGACCCUAAAAUUGAUAUAUAAAGAACCAAAACCUAAAGUAAUACACACAUAUGCUACCAUCUUUAGUUUCUCAUGGAUCAAGCUACCAUAAUAGAGUUUCACAAAACCUUUUCGAAAACCACCUUCAUGGCCUUCUUUAUCUUCCUAUUGGUGCUACUCAAAAUAGUUAAAAAAAGGAGUAAUAAUAGUUCCAAUGUCAAUUUACCACCAGGACCAUGGACAUUGCCUUUCAUAGGAAACAUGCAUCAGAUUAUUAUGAGCAGUUCAUGGCCCCAUCACUGCUUCAAAAAAUUGGCAGAGAAAUAUGGACCCUUAAUGCACCUAAAAUUAGGAGAAGUAUCAUUCCUAAUAGUUACUUCACCAACAAUGGCAAAAGAGGUUAUGAAAACACAUGACCUCCGUUUUUGUGAUAGGCCAAACCUUCUUUUGUCCACAAUAUGGAGUUACAACAAUACUGAUAUUAUAUUCUCUCCAUAUGGAGAAUAUUGGAGGCAAUUACGAAAGAUAUGCGUUAUAGAGCUGUUAAGUGAAAAACGUGUCCAAUCAUUUAGGUCCAUAAGAGAAGAAGAGGGUUCAAUACUAGUUAAAUCAAUUUCUUCAAGUGAAGGAUCAAUUGUUAAUCUCAAUCAUAAGAUUUCCUCAAUGAUAAGUGGGAUAACAACGCGAGCAGCUUUUGGGAAAAAGAGCAUACAUCAACAAGUGUUUAAAUCAAAAAUGAGUGAAGUAAUAGCCCUAUCGGGAGGAUUUUGUAUUGUUGAUUUGUAUCCUUCUAUUAAAAUGCUUCAAAGGGUGAGUUCGGCGAAGACUAAAAUGGAAAAAAUUCAAAGAGAGCUUGAUAUGAUAUUGCAAGACAUCAUCAAUGAUCACAAAAGUAAUCAUAGAGAAGAAAGCAAGGAUGAAGAUCUAGUUGAUGUUCUUCUCAAAAUUCAACAAGAAAAUGAUCCCUCACAACAUCCCUUGACUGAUGAUGGUAUUAAAUCAGUCAUUCUGGACAUAUAUGCUGCUGGUACUGAAACAUCGUCAGAGGUUAUAUUAUGGGCGAUGUCUGAGAUGGUAAAGAACCCAAAAGUAAUGGAAGUAGCACAAUCUGAGGUAAGAAGAGUGUUUGAUAAAAAGGGGUAUGUGGAUGAGACAGAGUUGCACCAAUUGAUAUACUUAAAGUCUGUCAUCAAAGAGACGCUGAGAUUGCAUCCUGUUGUACCAUUGUUGCUUCCGAGAGAAUGUAGGGAGCGAUGCCAAAUCAAUGGGUACGAUAUUCCGGUCAAGACAAGGGUUGCUGUCAAUGUUUGGGCGAUUGGACGAGAUCAAAGGUAUUGGGUUGAAGCUGAGAGUUUUAAACCCGAGAGAUUUGUUAACAGCGAAUUUAAUUUUAAAGGUACAAACUUUGAAUACAUACCAUUUGGUGCUGGAAGGAGGAUAUGUCCUGGCAUUACAUUUGGCUUACCCAACGUUGAAUUGCCUCUUGCUCAGUUACUUUACCACUUUGAUUGGAAGCUUCCCAAUAAAAUGAAGAAUGAAGAACUAGAUAUGACAGAGUCAUUUGGGGCUACAUUACGAAGAAAACAUGACCUAUGCUUGAUUCCUUUUACUCGUCAUCUUUGACAUGUGUUGCCUAAUUAGCAAGCAAGUUCACAAAGCAUUUAAGUUUUCGUAUACUACUUUCAACGUUUAGUAAUUGAACAAUGGCU